AUGUCGUUCGUUCCUAUAGGCUUCGACAAUCCAUACCAAUAUCCGCGCACUUAUACAAGAUCCUCGUCAUACAGAAAUACGAAAGCCAGUCCCGAGGACCAAGAGCAACCUGGUGAAGUCGAGAGCCUGGUGAAUACAAGGCCCACAACAAGUAGUCCUCGUCAAAAUCGGUCGACUCAGGGCAGGAAGCGGCUUGUAUUCGCGGAUCCGGUCGCCUUCCGAUAUUUGGAAGAAGAUCCAGCUACCGAUGCCAUAGAACGAUGGGGACGCCUACAAGGAUACGAGCUAUACCUGGUAGAGCAGUGGGCAUGCUCAAGGACUCAUCCGACGUUUGUUAUCAGCACUUACACUGGCGACCCAUCACAUUCCAUCGUGGUCAAUGUGCUUUCGGUCCCUAGCGACGAGAGCACUUGGUCGCAGAGGCUCCAGGUCUACUUUAACGCCGUUUCGCAAUUUCAUGCCAAGGAGAAAGAAACACCGCUGGGGACGCUCAUGGUCACCAACCUCAGCGGGUUUCCUUCUGCCCUCACAGUCAUUGCCGUCCCGGAUGGGGAUGUUAGGAAGCACAGGGAGGAUUUCAUUGUCAACGAGAAUUUAAAGCGCAUGGGGUGCUCCGGAAGAGCGCCACUGAGCCUGCAGCCGCCUCAGUCGAGUACCAUCGCGAAAUUUCAUCAUCUCUACCGCACUAGCGAGACUGUACCGCUCUACCACUCGGUCAUGGAGCUUGUACGCAUCUGCCAAACGGCGUUGGUCAUGUACGAUAAAAUUCAGGCGACGUACGCGGACGGUCUGCUUUGCGACGUGACCGAGAGAGCUGUCAAUAACUGGUGGACUGACAUAGGGACGUACUUCUACAACGUGGAGCCCAGUGAUGGGAUCCUGGGGCCGACCACAGUGGCUGCCCUUCUCGGACUCUUGAUCGGCGCAUACAACCGACUGAAGGCCUCAGGAUCGCCGGUCGGAAAAGACGUAUUAGAUACGGUGUCGAUGAAGCGAGCCGUGGGCCAUUUCCAGAAGAGUCAGAAGAUGGAGAGAACUCGGCGACUCGAUCGCGAAACACUCGAUCGGCUUCACCGGGCUACCGCCAAAAAUGCCAGCGGCGAAGGGUGGACUGUGCCAAAGGCGGUCAAGUCGACCGUUGCCGAGCUCAGUGGCAAGGGUGGUGAAAUGAUGAUGGGCAUCGUUGGUGGCCGGGACAAGGCCGGGAUCUCCGAUGCCGAGACGCUGGACAUUGACCGGUUCGCGCAACUGGUUACAGGUCCGAGGAUGAAAUGGCUUUGGCAAGGCAAACGUGUCAAGUCUGGAGAUGCGCUGACUACGCCUUCGGACGAUUUGGGUGGAAGGAUCUUCAGCACUGACGAUCAAGGCAAUUUCUUCUGGACGAGCAAUCAACAUGAUUCCUAUUCCGAUGGAGGAAUUCUGGAACGUUCGGACACGGUGUAUAGCACCCAAACGCAUGACCUCAAAGCUGUUCGAAGCCGCCCCCGCGGCCCCGGAGCUGGAAACAAGGCCCAUAGCAUGCGUCAUCCCAUAGAUGGCGAAGAAACUCGUGACUGGACGGAGAGUGCUACAACGCUAACAUCUAAAUCCUCCAAAGACCAUCAUCACCACAUGCGAGACCACACAUUGCGCCCGUCGGGGCCACCACGGCAAAUGGGACCGCCGGCAUUCGACCUGGCACUGGCGAAUGCGGCCCCGACUUCGCCGAAAGAGACCCGUCGACAGCCCUUGCGAAGGGUGGAAACAGACACCGGAAAACGGAUCCCAUCGCAUCGGGAGCAACUGAGGCCUCCGCAACCAGGGGAUUCUCCGAGGCGGAAGAAGCUGAAUGCUGAGUUGGCAGGAUUGCGGAGCGUCUUCGAAACGGACAUCUACAGGAACUUUUCUGCCGGAAAGCCAUACAUGGGACUUCGGAGUCGCGCCCUCAGGUCGUCACAGAGCGCGAUUCAAUUGACCGAUCACACCCCGGACAGCCCGCGGCAGAACCGCAUCAAGCGGCAAUUAUCUUUCAGUAUUGUUGAGAAUGCUGUGCUAGAUCUGGGACCGAACGUGGCCGAGGAGGGCAUCGGAAAGGGGAAAAUCGAAGGCGACCUCACGAAUGCCCUCGCCGAGCGGGAUGCGUUGGUGGCUGCUGCUCAAAAGAAAGCCAAGCGCAUCCAGACGAUUCAACAGGCUCUGAUUCCGUACACGGAAAGCACAGUUGGCCAUGUGGAGAGCCUGGAGAGGUAUUCACGACAGCAUCUGGAGGAACUGAACGAGUUAUACUACCAUCGGUUGGAGGAGUAUCAAAGCCUCCAAGCAACCUCAUCUGAUCUGGUCUCACAGGAAAAGAAUGCACUGAGCGAGAGCUUUCGUAGAAUCGAAAUGCUUGGAGCCAAGAUGGACUACGAGCUGGACUCGCUGCAGUCUCGUCUGCAGGAGGUGGAAGACGGGGUCGAUGACUUUGAGCGCAAUGUGAUUGCUAUUGAAGCCAGAGUGAGGGAGCUGAUCGGAGACGAAAAGCAGAACGCCGUUCCCUGGCUCCAAAGGUUGCUGACUUUCAUGGGUUCCCGAGGAUAG